AUGUCAGCGUUCACUUCUAUGAAAAUGUUCAUACGCCUUCGGCGAAGUUACAAUGGAGCAAAUAAAUACCGAUCGAUUUCAUUAGUACGUGCAUUUUCUUUUUUUUUUUACAUUCUCUCGGUAUUCUCGAGGGUGUUUUAUGCCACUAAGGCGUUUGUACCGCUUGUGUCAGACACACAUGGAAAAUUACUAAUCUGCGGUGUGUCAAUGAUAAUGUAACUUGACAAGGGCAUUAACAUUUAUUACAUUUGUUCGAAUUUUUUUUUUUUUUUCAUUUUGUUGAAUGUCUUUCGACGAUUAUCACGAUUAAUAUCUCGCUUCAGAGUCCUUUCACCUCCCACGACGAGCAAAGGAAGACAGAUAUAGAGACAAAACGGAGAGAGCUGAUGGCACGUGGCCUUCCGAAAUCGAAACCUCUGAAAGGUGUCAAACAAAUUGUAGUCGUAGCGUCUGGAAAAGGUGGCGUCGGUAAAUCUACCACCGCCGUAAAUUUAAGCAUCGCUUUGAAACUGACCGAGCCGCAAAAAUUGGUCGGUCUGCUCGAUGCCGAUGUAUUCGGCCCAUCAAUACCGUUGAUGAUGAACAUACGACAAUCUCCUACGGUGAACGACACAAAUCUUAUAGAACCUGUUGUAAACUAUGUUUCCUCCAUACGCAGCAUGUCUAUGGGCUUUCUAAUUGAUGACAAAUCUCCUGUUAUUUGGAGAGGAUUAAUGGUAAUGAAUGCCAUUGAGAAACUGUUGCAUCAAGUCGCAUGGGAUCCGUUAGAUUAUCUUGUUAUAGAUACUCCACCUGGAACAGGAGACACGCACCUUUCAAUCAUACAAAAUCUUCCAAUAGCUGGGGCCUUAUUAAUAAGUACACCUCAGAAGGCAGCUCUGGAAGUAACCAGAAGAGGAGCUAACAUGUUCAAACGUCUCAACAUUCCAAUUAUUGGAAUUGUAGAAAACAUGAGCAGUGUUAUAUGUCCGAAAUGUAAUAGUAGCAUUCCUCUUUAUAAUGGUGAAACACAAGUGAUUGCUAAAGAACUUGAUGUGCAAAUUUUACAAUCUGUCCCUUUGUCAAAAGAUAUUGUAAAUAGUUGCGAUACUGGUAAACCAAUUGUGUUAUCUGCACCAGAAAGUACUCAAGCUGACGCAUACAAGUACUUGGCGAAACAUAUGAAUAAUGAAAAUUCCACUAGUAUUCAUUCGGAUGUAAAUGCAGAGAUUCAUAAUAUUCCGAUGAGCGUGCUUAUUCGACCAAUUCCUCCAAUCGUCGAUGAAGAGAAGGUACAAAGCUUGAUAGAUACGUUGAACAAUCCUGAAACAGAAUCAUUGGUACCGCCAAUCGAUGUUUUGUGGAUCAAAGGGAGCGAAGGUGGUGAUUAUUAUUAUUCUUUUGGUGGAUGUCAUCGAUACACAGCUCAUCAAAGACUUGGAAAACCAUUCAUAAGAGGGAAAUUAGUACAGUCUACAAUAACAGACUUAAAGUCUUAUUUAGGCGGUUCUACUCCCAAUUUAAAAUAG